GGAGAAUAUCAUCAUUUCUUCAUUUAGGGUUUUUUCUUUAAUCUCUUGCUUUUCGCUUAAGAACAUUACUCAUGUCUCUGCUUCUCAACCAGCCCUUGAAGCUCUGCUUUCAGAGCAAACCUGGGUUGGUAAGAUCCUCUCCUCCUCUCUCUAAUGGCUUCUCAACUUCCAAAUUGCAAACCCCUCCUUGUACUGUCAUUGACGCUGAUCCUUGUGGAAGGGGUCUCGGCAAACUCUUCAUUUACUAUCAUAAUGAAUCUGAAUACACUGGUUUGGAAAAGAAGGUGGCUAUGGAUUUGGUGGAUAUUCCAAUGGCAACGAUUGGGUCAUCCCAUGGCUGGGUAGCUACUUUGAAGGAAGACGGUAUAUUGCGUCUCCAAGAUGAUCUAAACCCGGUUGCAUCGUAUACAGAACCAAAACGCAUUCCCCUGUCUCCCCUCGUAACUCUGCCUCAUUGCCAAACUCAAAUCGUUACCAAUGUGUCAUUGUCCUCAUCUUCUCCUGAGGAUGAGGAAUGUGUUGUGGCUGUCAAGUUCUUGGGACCUCAACUCAGCUUUUGCAGACCUGCUCAAAGUAACUCCAAGUGGAUCAACAUCAGAAUCGCAAACCCUUGCUUCUACUCCUCUCGUGUCAUGUUUUCGAAGAAAGAUGAGAUGUUUCGCAUACUCGGAUCUGGAGGCCAUAUCAUUGGAUCAUGGGAUCUCCACACACACAAUCAAAAACCGUUUCAAAGAUUGCGGUUCAAAAACCUUCCCAAGCUGACAAAGACCAAACAAGAGCUGAUGGAUUCGUGCUACAAAAGCGAACACUUGGUGGAGUCAAGAACCACCGGUGAAACAUUUUUGGUUAAGUGGUAUAGGAAGGCCGUCUGGAGAGGUAUGUCGAAACUGAAAACAAAAGCUUUAAUGGUAUUCAAGCUAGACGACAAAGGAAACGCUGUUUACACUCAAGAUAUUGGAGAUCUCUGCAUUUUCCUCUCAAAGUCUGAACCAUUUUGUGUACCUGUUAGCUCCUUUCCUGGUAUGAUGUUCCCUAACCACGUCAACCUCGCGGAUGUCGGUGAAAAGGGAUAUGUCAAUCUGGCUGAUUCUUCCAUCUCUGCUCGUAAUACUAGAAUCGGGCCAGGUUACCAUAUUCCACCUCAAAUUAUAGACUAGUAGCUUGGAUUAAGUUUGAGUCUGGAAUCUUUCCUUUUCUUUUAAAUCUUGAAACAUCGAAUCUAUUUUUAUGCAUUCUCUGUGAGAUUGAUAUGCAUCUGUUACUGGAGAAACUUUGCAAUCAUGUCUCAUCAGUCUAAUUAUGUCUAAACUACAUCCAGUUAGAACCAAUCAUUAUGGUGAAAUCAUUUAGACAUUCUAAUUGUGCCUGUGAC